AUGAAAAGCCAAUGCGAAAAUAUUCUAGACCAUGAAUGCUUUGCAAACAUUUAUGAUGAUAAUGUUCAUGAACUUGUCUCUGACGACCAAAUGGUUAUAACUAUCGCGAGUAAGGAUACUGGGACAAUUGUGAGCAUUGCUAAGGAUGUAAAUGUAGAAGCGACAUCCCUUUACACCUUUAACUGGGAGGAGGACUUCAUUAAACAUGUGCAAGACAGACCGCCCCUUUAUAAUUUGGGUUUAUCAUUAUUUAAAAGAACCAACGCAAAAAAAAUUCAUCUAUGGAAUGAAAUUUCUAAUAUUUAUGGUGGACAAUUCACACCAGCUGAACUGCAGAAAAAAUGGAAAUACCUUAGGGAUUGCUAUGACAAUGUUGCCGAUUUAGGAUGGUUUCUUAGAUUUCAUGCCUUUGUGAAAACAACUGGGGAAAACCUCAUAAUCGAAUCAACGUUGGAACAUAAUCAUGAAAAACAACCAAAUCAUCUCUUAACUCGCCAAGUCUUGUCUCAAUCCGUCAAGAGAGCAGCUGUGGAUAACCCUACGGAGAAACCCAUGAAGCUGAUAAGUCAAGAAUUAUAUAAAUCCGAUCUUGAAUCAGUAACAACACAUAACAUUACCAGAUCAAGAAAACAUGCUUAUCAUGCCAGAACAUCGAUUUUGUGUAAACUUCACAAAAACGUCCAAGAGUUUCAAGAAAUGAUAGAAGGCAACGAGUGGGCCCCCCAAGGUGUGGGCCCUGGCGCCAUAGCGCCACCUGGCGCCAUGGUUGCUACGGCGCUGGUUGAAACGGUUCGUAAUGCGACUGAUAAGCGUAAAAUGCUUACUAAAUUAUUAAGGAAAGAAAGAAAUGCUAAAGAUCCUGGGUCUCAAAUUCAUUUUGAAGACUAUGACUAUGCUUUUAGAACUGAAGAAGCAGCUAUAACAAGAGUAUUUUGUGAAUUACUGAUCUAA